AUGAAAUUCGAUGUAGAGGAUCUCGAUCUUAUUCCAACGCUUCUGGUUAAAGUGGAACCCGCGGCCGAUGAAGAAAUCAACAACCAUGUGGUGGAGGACGAUUUUCCCAAUUCAAGCGACGAUGAGAUGCUAGCAAAAAAGAUGAAAACCGAAAACGACUCACCACCUUCAACGGCCAAACGGAAAUACUCCCGCAAAAAACCGUUGAAAGAGAAAGGUAAAGCUAAGCGGAAGAAAAAACCGUUAGAUAGAGCUCGGGAAAAUCGAAGGAAAUCAAAGUCGGAAAUCCUAGAGGAGGAUAGAAAAAUCUCAGAGUAUUUUAAAUUCGUUUGUGAACUUUGUCAGCAACAAUCUGGCACGUUUCGAGAUUUGAAACAACACUACAGGGAUGUUCACGAUCAGCGAGGCUAUCAGAGGUGCUGCAAUCGAAAGUUGUUCAGGCGAUGUCGACUGUUGGAACACAUCGAAGUCCACCUGAAUCCGAACCACUUCGGGUGCGAUGUGUGCAGCAAAAGUUUCAGUUCCAUGUCCUAUUUAAGGCUACACAAAAAAGAAGUCCACGAGGUGGCUGUCAAUCGGCCCUUCAAGUGUGAUCAAUGUCCCAAGACUUUUGUUCAGAAGGGUCAACUUAGUUCGCAUUUGAGUCGUCAUAAAAUGCAUCAGUGUUCUAUCUGUGAUAAAUUCCUUACCGGUAAGGGAUCCCUACUUGUGCACAUGGCCAAAAUGCACAGUGAGGAAGGAAGAAUGAUUUGCGACACCUGUGGCAAAGAGUUCAAAUUCAAGCCCAGCUUCGAUCGACACGUUCGGAUGCACUUAGGAAUAGCCGAGGACACCAGUGUGGAGUGCGAAAUCUGUGGAGAUAUUUUAGCAACCAAAGUCACCCUGAAACAUCACAUGAUCGCCAAACAUUCGGAAUCCACCGAACAGCAUAUUUGCAACGUUUGUGGCCGCAGUGCUCCCAACAAGUUGGCGCUGGAUUCCCACAAGCGGAAAAUUCAUCGGGAGGAAAAGUACCAGUGUGAGUUCUGCGAGAAGCGGUUCAAAUGUCCGGUGGCGUUGAAGGAGCAUCGGGCUUCCCAUACCGGGGAGGUGCUAUACAAUUGUAGCUUCUGUGCGAGCACUUUCAACUCCAAAGCCAAUAUGUACUCGCAUAGGAAAAAAGCACAUCCGGUAGAGUGGGCCCAGGAAAGGACGAAGAAACAGAUGGGGAGCUAGGAGAGG